GACACGGCCUAAUUUCUUUUACUAUGACCAUGACAGUCGCAAUGUCUGAUAACUCAACUAUCCCAGAAGAGGUUGAUGUGGUUAUUGCAGGAGGAGGUACAACGGGUCUGGUAGUCGCCACACGCUUAGCAAAAGCAGAUUCAAACAUGUCCAUUCUUGUCCUCGAACAUGGUCCGAAUACAAGAAAUGAUCCCCUGGUCGUCAAUCCGGCAUUCUACUUGAUGAAUAUUGCCCCUAAUUCUCCCCGAGCUUCGUUUUAUAGAUCAAAAGCAUCGAAAGACCUCGCUGGGAGAGAGUCUAUUGUUCCGAUAGGAAAAUGUCUAGGCGGCGGAAGCUCGAUAAACUUCAUGGUUUACUCCAGACCACAGGCGAUUGAUUUCGAUGCAUGGAAUGUGCCGGGUUGGUCUGGAGAAGACAUGAUACCUAUGUUCAGAAAGUACGAGAACUUCCAAGACACAGAUCCAGCUAUUGAUUCCAGUGUUCAUGGCUACGAUGGCGAAUUCGGCGUAUCUGCAGGAACCAACGCUCAGCCGACUUUCCAACAUGAUUUCUUUGAAGCUUGCUCUAAUGUUGGAAUAUCCACAACAGCGGAUGUGCAAAACUUUCAUACCGCGAAUGCCGUUGGUAAAUGGAAUAUGUGGAUAGAUCCCAAGACAGGUCUAAGACAAGACGUUCCUCACUGCCUUUUAUUUCCUCUACUUGACCAGAUCAACACCGGACUCCAGGUAGCUACAGAUGUCAUCGUCAACAGGAUACUGUUCGAUGAUAACAAGGCUACAGGCGUAGAAUAUACGAGAAACGGAAAUGAUGUCGCGAUUGUAAAAGCACGCAGACUCGUUGUCCUUGCUAGCGGUGCUUUGGGCUCUCCUCAGGUCCUGGAAAGGUCCGGUGUAGGAGAUAAGGAUCUCUUAUCUAAGCUGGGGAUUCUGGUCAUAUCUGAUCUACCUGGGGUAGGAACAAACUAUCAAGACCACAAUGUCGUCUUCUACCCAUACAAAUCCUCCGCUGGAAUUGAAGAGACAAUCGACGGAGUAGUCAGUGGCCGACUAACUCUACAAGAAGCCCUAAAACAAAAGCAGGCAAACCCAUCUCGCAAUGUCAUAGGUUGGAACGGACUCGAUUGUGUAGGAAAACUACGUCCCGCAGAAGUUGCAUCUCUCCAUCCUAUAUUGCAAAAAGCAUGGGAGGAAGAUUUCAAACUUCAACCAGAGAGGCCGUUGAUGUUAAUUGCGACAAUUGCUGGUUAUGUUGGCGACCAUUCUGGUAUUGAUAUUGGCCAAUACUUCUCGUGUGGUCCAUACACACCGUACCCAUAUUCUCGAGGGUUGAUUCACAUAACGGGCCGCGCCGUAACAGACGAGCCACACUUCGACUGUGGAUUCCUCUCGAAUGCCCUGGACUUGGAAAAGUUGGUAUGGGGCUACAAACUGCAGAGGGAAAUUGUUCGUAGGAUGUCGCAUUACCGUGGGCCACUUGCAGUUGGUCAUCCAACUUUCCCGGAGGGAUCCAACGCAAGCUAUGAAGCUGUGGAUAGGGUAUCUAAAGAGCAAGGGAGAUUCAUCCCAAUCGACUACUCGGCUGAAGAUGACGAAGCUAUCAGAACCUUCAUCCGAGAGAGAGUUCACACUACGUGGCAUAGUCUAGGUACAUGCGCAAUGAAGCCCCGAGAGAAAGGGGGAGUCGUGGAUCACAAACUGAACGUUUAUGGUGUCGAGAGCCUAAAGAUUGUUGAUUUGUCGAUCUGUCCGCUGAACGUGUCUGCAAACACUUACGCCACGGCUCUCGCUGUUGGCGAAAAGGCGGCUUAUAUCAUUGCCGAAGACCUCAAUAUUCCGUACUAAGCGAUAUCGGGCCAUGCUGUUCUAGCUAUAUAAUUUGCUGAGAUGGUCUGAAAUCCUUUUCAUCAGCCUUUGCACCCUACAGUAACAAGCCCCUAUAAAGCUGUUAGUUCAGAAUAGUUAGCUGUCCACUUCUUAUAUGAUAGUUUCCGUUACGCUUGGACACUUUA